GUAAAACAACGACUGUGAAAACAAGGUAUGUGGUUAUGACAGAAGAGAUACUCAAACAAUACCCUGAACUAGCAAUUGAAGGUCACCCUACUGUAUCUCAACGUUUAGACAUCUGUAACAAAGCAGUAACACAAAUGGCAAUUGAAGCAUCACAAUCAUGUAUCAAGAAAUGGGGAAGAUCAAUUUCAGAAAUAACCCAUUUAGUAUACGUUUCUUCAAGUGAAGCAAGGUUUCCAAGUGGAGAUAUUUACCUAGCAAAAGGACUAGGUUUACGUCCAGACAUACGUAGAACAACUCUAUACUUCAAUGGCUGUUCAGGAGGAGUAGCAGGAAUACGUAUGGCAAAAGAUAUAGCAGAAAACAACCCGGGUAGUCGAGUCCUUCUCGCGACAACAGAAACCACCAUUAUAGGUUUCAGGCCACCAAGAAUUGACAGACCAUAUGAUCUCAUUGGAGUUGCAUUAUUUGGAGAUGGAGCUGGAGCAUUAAUUAUUGGAACAGAUCCAAUUAAGGGUUUAGAAACACCUCUUUUCGAAUUACAUACUGCAAUACAACAAUUUGUACCGAAUACAGAGAAGAUUAUAGAUGGAAGACUUACAGAGGAAGGAAUAAGUUUCAAACUUGAUCGUGAACUUCCGCAGAUUAUUGAAGAUAAUGUUGUGGGUUUUUGUAGUAAGUUGAUGACGAUUGAUGGGUGUGAUCGAUUGAAGAAUAAUGAGAUGUUUUGGGCAGUUCAUCCUGGAGGUCCGGCGAUAUUGAAUCGAAUGGAGAAGAAGUUGGAUUUGUUGCCGGAUAAGUUGAAUGCUAGUAGGAGAGCAUUGGCGGAUUUUGGAAAUGCUAGUAGUAAUACGAUUGUGUAUGUUUUGGAAUACAUACUUGAAGAAGAAGAAAAUAGGUUAAAGAUGAAGGAAGAAGAUGAUGAAGAUGAAGACGAAGAUGGUGGUUCAGAAUGGGGAGUGAUAUUAGCUUUUGGUCCAGGGAUUACGUUUGAAGGAAUACUUGCGAGAAAUCUUACCAUUUGA